AUGCGAACCAAUGAGGACUUUAUCAGCAGCGUUCAGAGUACCCAGUGCCCACACUAUGAAAAUGCCUGCCUCCCCCCAACAAUACCUCAUGGAAAAUAUGAUAAAGCAGAAGAGGGUUGGUACAAAGAACAGGACUUUAUUAGGAUACAAUGUGACGAUGGAUAUGUACUCAGUGGCAACCAUAGACCCACUUGUAGAAGUGGAAACUGGAGCUCUUUGCCUGUCUGUGAGAGAAGGAAAUAUUCAUGCAGUGAGCCUCCAAAAAUCUCUCAUGCAGUCAUAAUUCAUCCAUACCAGGAGGUGUUUUCUGCAGGUUCAAAAGUGCAGUAUGAGUGUGAAAAAGGUUAUACUCAAAAGGGCAACAGUAUCAUCGUCUGUGAACAAGGACAAUGGUCUGCAGGGCCAACAUGCAACGAAUCAUCAGCAGAUCAGGUACACCCUGCAUCAGACGCAGACGUCCAGCCUGAGGGGAGAGAAGCGUCCUGUGUAAUGGAUCCUGCAAGAUAUGCUCGUUAUGCUCUUGAAGCAGCUGAACCUGAACGCAUGCACGAUGGACAAGAAAAAUAUUUUUCUUGUACUACAAGAGGCUAUCAUGCCUAUGUUCGGUGUACUAACAGAAAAAUAACUUUGACCAGUUGUUGUAAUGACUAUGGACGUCAAUAUUAUAGAUCAUGCUACGAACUCAGAGAACCCAACUGACAACAUGACUUUUCUGAAACACUUCAACCAGAACCUGCAGAGCAACAAUGAAACAUGUUUCUUUUCUUUGUACAGUUUUGGGGCUGAUUGUUCUUUAAACACCAAACUGUCCAUAAAUAAUUUGAACUUUUCAUGCA